AUGACAUCUUCAGCGACGGAUAAUCCAACAACUGCAUUGCUUACACCACCUGAUUCAUCACCUCCUACACCUAUCAAGAGAUUAUUCAAUGAGAAUGAUACUACGAUCAUACCAUCAUCUCGUUCAAUCCCACCUCAACAACCGAAAUCAUAUACCAACUCGAUCCUUUCACUCACCGACAACUUGUCAACCACAAUCGCUUCUUCCUUAUAUUCAUUAUCCUCUUUUGGACCAUUAAUCUCAAUAGCUAGAUUGGCGAUUUUGACAAUGAUGAAAUCUCAAAUCUCUUAUGGUCAAUUAACGAUUAUAACACCAGAGGGAAAUUCUCAUAUUUUCCCUUCACCUGAAAUUCGUGAAACACCUUUGAAGAAGGGUGAAGAAGCUACGAUAAGGAUAUUGAAAGAUAGUUUCUGGUUGAGAUUGGUCGCUCAAGGUGAUUUGGGUUUCGCAGAAGCUUACAUGAUGGGUGAAUGUGAAGUAGAUGAUUUGGUACAGGUUUUCAAGAUAUUCAUCAGAUCUCAACCGGCAUCUACACAAACACAUAUUUCUGGAGUGCGCACAUUACCUUCCAAAGUAUUUUCCCUAAUCACAAAUAUAACCAAUUCAAGAUUCGCAAACACGAUCACCAAUUCGAUAUGUAACAUAUCAGCACAUUACGAUUUGAGCAAUGGGAUGUUCAGUUCUUUCUUAAGUAGAGAUAUGACUUAUAGUUGUGCUAUAUUUCCCGAAUUAGAUAAAGAUUUGAUUGAUGGUAGAGAACAAUCUAGGAAAGAAGGAAAAUUCGUUAAUAUUUAUGGAGAAAAUGGAAAAGAUGAAUUAGAACAAGCUCAAAUUACGAAACUUAGACAUAUAAUAAGGAAAGCAGAUAUUAGACCCGGUCAUAGAGUACUUGAAAUCGGUUCAGGUUGGGGUAGUUUAGCCAUUGAGGCUGUCAAGAUGACUAAAUGUACUGUCGAUACUAUUACUUUAUCUUCUCAACAAAAAGCUUUGGCUGAAGAUAGGAUAAAGAAAGCUGGUUUGGCAGGUAGAGUUAGGGUAUGGCUGAUGGAUUAUCGAAAACUACCGGAAUCAUGGAAAGGUACAUUCGAUAGAGUUGUCUCCAUAGAAAUGCUAGAAGCAGUAGGAAAAGAAUUCAUUCCAGGCUAUUUCGGGGUAUUGAAUGAAAUGUUGAAUGAGAAAGGUGUAGCUUGUAUACAAGUUAUAACUAUACCCGAAUCGAGAUUCGAGAAAUAUCAACAAGAGGUUGAUUUCAUCAGAAAAUGGAUCUUCCCAGGUGGUUUCUUACCUACAGUCACAUAUGUAACUGAAUCAGCUACCAAAGGAUCUCAAAAUAGAUUAGUAUUAGAUAGUAUAUCCAAUAUAGGUCCUCACUACGCUAGAACACUGAGGGAAUGGAGACAUCGAUUCAUUGCUCAAUUCGAUGAUUCCGUUAUUCCAGCUUUAUUGACGGAACAUCCAAAGAUGGAUCAAGAUGCUAUUCAAGUAUUCAAGAGGAAAUGGAUAUAUUACUUUGUUUAUUGCGAAAUUGGAUUCUCAGAAAGGGUUUUAGGUGACCACAUCUUCACUUGGGUAAGGGAAGGUAAUGCGGAAUAUGGUUGUUCGACAUAUGAGUAG